UGGCCCUACAGCCACACCGGGAUUUCAUUGCCCUGAGAGAGGAGUUGGGGCGCAUCAGUGACUUCCACGAAGCCUAUACUUUCAAACAGGCUCCGGGCCAGCCAGUUUCCGGCUUAAGCAAGGAGAAUGUUCCAGCGGUAACCAACAAGGAGAACCUGGCGACGCCGGUCUCGACUCCAUUCCUGGAGCCGACCCUGGGGAGCGACGGCUCUGCGGUCACUUUCGGGAAAACCCAAGAGGAUCCGAAACCAUUUUGCGUGGGCAGUGCCCCACCGAGUGUGGACGUCACCCCCACCUACACCAAAGACGGAGCUGACGAGGCAGGAUCAACCGAUGGCAAAGUUCUGAACCCGAAGCCAUCUAAGCUGGCAAAGAGAAUCGCAAACUCCGCUGGUUACGUGGGUGACCGGUUCAAGCGUGUCGCUACCGGACUGUACGCAGACUCCAGUCAGCUCGGCCGGGAGCAGCGGGCAUUGCAGCGUGCGGUGAUGCGCUUCUCAGAGUUGGAGAUGAAAGAGCGAGAAGGUGGCCACCCCACGACCAAAGACUCCGAGGUGUGCAAAUUCAGCCCCGCUGACUGGAAAAGGCUGAAAGGAAGUCAGGACAAAAAGCCAAAGUCGGUCGCCCUGGAGGAGGCCAUUGCCGACCAGAACGACAGUGAGAGAUUGUGCGUGCUUGUGGCCUGUGGCCUGCAGCCUGCUCCGGACCCCAGAAACCUCACGGGUGAUGGGGAGUGUUAUGAUGGAAGCAAACCUGACCCCUUCAAAGCCCCAGAAGACAGUGAUCUUCCUGAGGACAUGGACACGGAGCCCCCCAGAGAGUCCCCCGCCGACCAGGCGGCCCCGGACGCGUCACGCAGCCCCACCCUCCGGCUGAACAGAAAGCGCAAGGUCUCUGGCAAUAGGAACCACACUGAGACCACUGUGCUCCCGGAGGACUCUCUGCUGAAAGCCAAGCGGAGACGGGUCUCCAAAGAUGUGCUGUUCACGGACAAAGAAAUGGAUUGGCAGCCUUCGCCCCUGCCGCAGAAAUACACUGACAACAGCGAGAAACCAUCCGGGAAGCGACCGUGCAAAACCAAGCAUUUGAUCCCUCAGGAGCCCAGGCGGGGCUUGCUGCUGCCAGGGGACUCCUACGUGGACAAUGCGGAUGGCAAGGACCAGAAGCCCUUGGACCGUUUGCAGCAAUUGUUACCAGCUUCCCAGGCCUCGCAGCUGACAUGCUCAAGCUCCCGUCCAGAGACCACCCAGUCCCGCCCGAUGCCACCGGAAGCGCGGAGACUUAUUGUCAAUAAGAACGCGGGCGAGACCCUCGUACAGCAGGCCUCCUGGCUUGGCUACGAGGAAGUGGUCUUGUACUGCCUGGAGAACAAGAUUUGUGAUGUGAACCACCGCGACUACGCGGGUUACUGUGCCCCGCACGAGGCUUGUGCAAGAGGUUGGCUCAACAUCGUACGACACCUCCUUGAAUAUGGCGCCGAUGUCAACUGCAGUGCCCAGGAUGGAAGCGGGCCUCUCCACGAUGCUGUCAAGAAUGAUCAUCUCGAAAUUGUCCGCUUGCUCCUCUCCUACGGUGCUGAUCCUACCCUGGCUACGUACUCAGGUAGAACCAUCAAGAAAGUGAACCACAGCGAACUUCUGGAGAAGUUCUUAACAGAACCAGAUGAUGAAAGUGGUUACGAUGUUUUAGCAAAUCCCCCACGACCGGAGGACCAGGACGACAGCAACGAGGCCUAUGGUGACCUAUUAGAAUCUGAAUUUUCCGAAGACCCCCUUUUGCCGUGUUAUAACGUCCAGGUGUCCAUCGCUCAGGGGCCUCGUAACUGGCUGUUGCUCUCAGACCUGCUCAAGAAACUGCAAAUGUCCUCCUGCAUAUUCCGCUGCAAUUUCCCAAAUGUGGAAAUCGUCACCAUCGCGGAGGCCGAGUUCUGCCGGCAAGUGUCAGCAAGUCUCUUAUUCUCUUGCCCCAAAGACCUGGAGUCCUGUAAUCCAGAAAGUAAGGAGCUCUUAGAUCUGGUGGAGUUCACGAACGAGCUUCAGACUCUGCUGGGCUCAUCCGUGGAGUGGAUCCUCCCCAGAGACCUGGACUCAGACGACGACUGGUGAGCUCGCCGGGGCCCGCCGUGUACAGUGUGUCAUGGUGUUAAUCCUUGUGCAUAUGUGUCCUAAUACGACUAUUUCUGUAAAGAAAGGACACUAUGAGACACGACUCCAGUCGGAAGGACUUCAAAACAUGUUUUCUUCUUUUUAAAAUU